CACGCGCGCCACAGACGCUCGGCUUCUGUCCACAUCCUCGGAGUGGAGCGACCCCGGCACGGACGUGGAUGCGCACCGGCUCCGGGACCUAACCCUAACCCCAACGGUGGCGAUGGCGCCUGAGGCCUCAUUCCCAUUUCGGACUGUUGAUGUUCCUGACCACGCCCACUACACUAUCGGCUCCGUCAUCCUUGCUAUCGGCAUCACGGGGAUGAUUGGGAACUUCCUGGUUAUAUACGCCUUUAGCAGGAGUCGCAGUCUGCGAACACCAGCCAACAUGUUCAUCAUUAAUUUGGCCAUCACUGACCUGUUGAUGUGCAUCACCCAGUCACCCAUCUUCUUCACAACCAGCAUGCACAAGAGGUGGAUCUUUGGAGAGAAAGGUUGUGAGCUGUACGCUUUCUGCGGCGCUCUCUUUGGGAUCUGCUCCAUGAUCACGCUGACUGUGAUUGCCAUCGAUCGUUAUGUGGUCAUCACGCGACCUCUGACCUCCAUAGGUGUGUUGUCACGGAAACGGGCACUCCUCAUCCUUAUGGCGGUCUGGGUGUACUCACUUGGCUGGAGCCUACCGCCAUUCUUCGGCUGGAGCGCAUACGUCCCUGAGGGCCUGCUGACUUCCUGUACGUGGGACUAUAUGACCUUUACCCCGUCGGUGCGAGCGUACACCAUGCUGCUCUUCAUCUUUGUCUUCUUCCUGCCACUUUUCAUCAUCAUCUACUGCUACAUCCUAAUCUUCAGAGCUAUCCGCAUCACCAACCAGGGGGUGGGGAAGAUUAAUGGCAGCACCCACAGUCACAGCAGUGCUCGAGACACAGGAAAAGCAUUUCACCGGCUGCAGAACGAGUGGAAGAUGGCGAAGAUCGCUUUGAUCGUCAUCCUGCUCUACGUCAUCUCCUGGUCCCCGUACUCGACCGUCGCACUAACUGCCUUUGCUGGGUAUGCUGACAUGCUGACUCCUUACAUGAACUCUGUUCCUGCUGUCAUCGCCAAGGCCUCGGCCAUCCACAACCCCAUCAUCUACGCCAUCACACACCCAAAGUACAGGAUAGCAUUAGCCAGGUACAUCCCAUGUCUGGGCGUUCUGCUCUGCGUGCGUCCUCGUGACCUUCGCUCGACCAGCAGCAGCUUCGUAUCGACCCGUCGCUCCACUGUGACCAGCCAGAGCUCUGACAUCAGCAGCCAAUACAAGCGGCCGAGCACCCGAAGGUCCCGCCUCUCCUCCGCCUCCGACAGCGAAUCAGGUCUGACAGACACCGAGGCCGACCUGACCAGUUUAGGCUCCCGACCAGCCAGCCGCCAGGUUUCCUGUGACAUCAGCAGAGACACGACUGAGCUGCCUGACAUCAAACACUCCUCCAGCUUCAAGUCCAAGUUAAAGAAUCACGACUCAGGCAUCUUUGAAAAGACGUCUUACGACACUGUAUCCAUGGGAGGAUUCAGUGAACGCAGCAGCUUUCCACACAACGGGGAUUUCUCAGACGGACACAUGAUGCGAGAUGUCAUCAGUCGAAUCCCAAGCAUCGUCGUCACCUCAGAGACAAGUCCCUUCCUGCCCGUCGGACGAAACAGUUCACGCACAACCAGACCUAAAACUGCAAACAACAACACGGGGGCGGGGCAUGGCUAG